GGAACUUGAGGAAGGCUGACGAACUACAGGCCCCAGGCCACCUUAAAGACCUGCAGGGCUAACAAAGGAGCGGCGGUGCUGCGGAGCUCCCUGGGAGGUGUAGUUCCUUGCGCGUUGCAACCGCGGCUGCUACCUCUCCGGAGGCGCGCCGUUCUAUCUGAAGGUCCCCAGACAGCCACGCGCGCUCCCGGCGCCCCGUACCCGACUCCGUCCUGCGGCUGACCCGGCGGUCACGUGGAGCCACUUACCACGCAAGUUGGGGUCCUCCCGGCCAGGGAGCCAGCCCUAAAAUGUCUGUUCGCGUGAGACCUCGGUGCGGCGGGUCAGGGUCGCUCUCCGCGUCGGGCUUGCUCCGCUGCGCGUCGGUGCCCGACUUGGGCGCCCGCUGAGAGUGCGGAGUCGAGUCAGGCGGCCGCCGAGGCACCAGGGUGUGGGACGCGCCGGCGCGCUCUGGAGAGCCUCGGCAGCCCAGCUCCCCCGCAGCCGGGUGCUUGGGUCGGGGUCCGAGUGAGGCCGACGGUUUUCAGCGCCUGGGCCACGGCGGCGGCCCUGGGAGCAGAGCCAUCUCGCUGCCUCUGCGCCUCAGCUGCCCUCCUUCCGGCAGCGCCUCUGCCUGUCGUCCUGCUGCACCGCAAGCCUCCGGUCCGUAGCUGCCACAUACUCCUGUGAGCCGUAGGCGGCCGCCACUCACGCGUCUAGGCCCUCCGCUGGCGACGUAGUGUCAGGGCUGAGCCCCAAGCCGUGAGCUCGCGCUCUCACCCAUCGCUCGGGGAAUCGAGUCCUUACGCGCCAGAACAGAGGAUUCCAUUGUGUGCUGGCCAUUUCCUGGAAAGUAGAGGCAGAGUCACACUACGGCGUUUGUGGAGCAACCCCAUUACGCUAAAGAUGAAAGGCUGGGGUUGGCUGGCUCUGCUUCUGGGGGCCCUGCUGGGAACUGUCUGGGCUGGAAGGAGCCAGGAUCUACACUGUGGAGCUUGCAGGGCUCUGGUGGAUGAACUAGAGUGGGAAAUUGCCCAGGUGGAUCCCAAGAAGACCAUUCAGAUGGGCUCUUUCCGAAUCAAUCCAGAUGGCAGCCAGUCAGUGGUGGAGGUGCCUUAUGCUCGCUCAGAGGCCCACCUCACAGAGCUACUAGAGGAGGUAUGUGACCGGAUGAAGGAGUAUGGGGAACAGAUUGACCCUUCCACCCACCGCAAGAACUACGUGCGUGUAGUGGGCCGGAAUGGAGAAUCCAGUGAACUGGACCUACAAGGCAUCCGAAUUGAUUCAGACAUCAGUGGCACCCUCAAGUUUGCGGGGCAGAAGGCCUCUUCUUGCUGCCUUCUCAUUUCUCCCUUGGGUUGGCAGUGUGAGAGCAUCGUGGAGGAACAUGAGGAUGAACUCAUUGAAUUCUUUUCCCGAGAGGCUGACAAUAUUAAAGACAAACUUUGUAGUAAGCGAACAGAUCUGUGUGACCAUGCCCUGCACAUAUCGCAUGAUGAGCUAUGAACCACUGGAGCGGCCCAGACUGACAGGCUUGAUGGACCACCCCCAGGAGGGGAGGAGGGUGGCAAUGCCUUUUAUAUUAUGUUUUUACUGAAAUGAACUGAAAAAUUAUGAAGCCAAAAGUAUGAACUGUGUUGUCUUUUCAUGCCCAGAAUUGGCCCUCACAUUAGGCUUGAAAAUAGGGCAUUCCAGACAAAAGAAAGGAAGGAAGAGCUUUGGGAAUGGUGUAGCAUGAAGGUAGGAGGACCCUGAAGCUUUCAUUCUUUUGUCAUCUGAGACUUCUGCUGGACUCACAAAUUAGAUAACCACUUAUUCAGUGCCUAUUCAAUACAGUAUGUUUAGAGUCUUAAUUGUGGAGAGAAGAGAAUCUGUGAAUAAGCAAGAGAAUAUAAGUAAGUGUACGGUAGUAUAGGAUUCUAGAACCUGUCCAUACUGAUGAAAGAAGACAGAGCUUGGAUUUGAAGGAAAUAAUGGACAUGCAUUUUCUUCCCUCCCUGCCCUUCCAGAUGCAGGGAUCAGCAAGAGUGGACAGAAAGGGAAAAUAGAUGUGAUCAAGUUAGCUGAAAAGGGCUUUAUCAGAUAGGAAAAGAUGAGGUAAGGAACGUUACUUAAAGGCUUUGCUUGCUGGCCUGAGCUUUUAGGUUUGAUGCCAGCUGUAACAUUGAAGUAUGCCUUUCUCAUCUCCAUCACUAGCCAUUGUCAAUCUGGACCAUAAGUCUGUCCUCAUUUUCUGUACAUAGGAUUCUGUACUGGGGCAUAGGGAUGAAAACCUAAAGGAUACCUUUGAGGAGCUUCUUAACACACCUUGAUCCAGAGGUAUGGCUGUUUCAGGAUUUGGAAUGGAACAUUCCUGUCCCAGGAAUGCCUCGGAAUGAACACCUGAAUAAACAUUUAAAUUAAGCAUUUUAGAAUCUAAAGGGAACUUGGAGAUCAUCUAUUAACCUCUGCCCAUUCUACAGAUGAAGAAGCUGAGACCCAGAGAUGCCACAGGUCUUGAAGUUCUGUAUAUAGUGGCAAAACUGGAUCUAUAAGCUAAUGUUUCAAUUGAUCUAUACAGCUGUAAAGUAACCUCUAUUUUGUCUUUUCUCUUAAUACCUUGCACUAAGCCUGGCACACAGAAUGAAUGUGUUUAACAAAGCUUUCUUUGUCAAACAAUACACAAAUCCCUACGAAAUCUAACAUGUGAAAC